UUGUCUCGAUAUUACUUCAUAAAAGAAGUGUCUAGAGAAGAAAGAGAUGCUGAUCUGCUAACAAGAAGAGAUGAGAGGCUGGUAUUUUAUAAAUCUUUAGCAGAUAUGUUAGAAAUGAAAGGAUUCAGUGGUCAGGAUUGUGUGUUGAGAGCAAUCUGCGAAAAUGCACAAUAUCCACUAGAAGAGGAGGGCUUAGUGGGAGAGAUUAUACAUAUUUUGUUGACGCCAGACUAUGGGCAUUCAGCAUUUGAGAAGCAAGAUUCUGACUGGUCGGAUGUUAUGUCAAUGUAUGAGGAUGCGGCGACUGCGGGCAAGCAGAUGUUCAACUGUGGCUACAUAUACAAUGGUUGUCCGGAAGAACAGAGCCUAUUGGAUUUGAUUAGUGUAUUGAGAGAUGAGUAG